UUCCAUUUCCUCCACAAAUCAAAUUAACUUGAAAAACAAAAAAUAGAAAACCUCCAAAAACUUGCAGACCACUUCACUUGAACGUGUGGUCACUUCUCCUCCUCUCCCUUUAAGCCUUUAAAUUAACACAACCCCUUCUGCCGAAAAAAACUCCCAGCGAAGAAUCUUCAUGUUUAUCUUCUUUUGAAGUGUUUGUUAGUCAAAAGUCAAACAUAGGAGCAAAUGUGCUUUAGCUUUUGCACUUGUUUGUUUCGUCCUUGAUUCUUGAAUCUUCUUCUUGUUUUGCUAUGUUGGAAACUACUUUAGCUUGUUCUUAUAGUCCUAAGGUAUAUGACAUCUUCAAAAAAACAAGCCCAAUUAGGGCAUACACUUAUGAUAUUUCCAACUUUUCUAUGCAUUCUUAUGGGAUGCGAUAUUCAUACAAGCAAGGGGUCCAUGUUCCAUCGCAUGUGGUAAAUGAUAGGAUAAGUCGUCACUCUUUUGCCUCCAGAUUUACUUUCGAUGGAAGGUCAUCCUUAACUUCCUCAAUAUUUGGUCGGAAAGGUUUCUAUUUCUCCAACCGUAGACAGGACCACUGGGAAAAAUUUCGGAUGUAUGCAACAGUUGAUGUUGCCAAUGCCAUUGAUGUUAUUAAUGAUUUAGGACUGGACACUCUUACAUUUUUAGCUGUGACUGUCAUUGUUGUUCCUGCAUUCAAGAUUGCUAGAGCCAGCCCUAUACUUGGUUUCUUUUUUGCUGGAAUUGUACUCAAUCAGCUUGGCAUCAUCAGAAAUCUUACAGAUGUUAAAGUUCUUUCUGAAUGGGGGAUCCUUUUCUUGUUGUUUGAGAUGGGCUUGGAGCUUUCACUUGCACGUCUAAAGGCUCUUGCAAAAUUUGCCUUUGGCUUGGGACUGACUCAGGUUGUGUUAUCCACUCUUGCUUUCACGGCGUUUGAACUUCCACCUAAUGGUGCUAUUGGAACAAGAAUCUUGGAGUUCCUUUUCCACUCAAAGCCUGACUUGGUCAACAUUAGAAGUGUUGAUGAAGCUGUAGUGAUCGGUGCUGCUCUCUUGUCAUCUUCAGCUUUUGUUCUGCAGCUUCUUGCAGAGAAGGGUGAGCUCCCAACAAGAUUUGGCUCAGCAACUCUGGGGAUACUUCUAUUACAGGACAUAGCGGUUGUCCCUCUCUUAGUCAUUCUUCCGGUGUUAGAGAGCCAGAAUGUAGUUGAGGAAAGUAUCUGGCCGAUGCUUGCUAAAGAAAGUUUAAAGGCUUUAGCUGGACUGGGUCUGCUUUCUCUUGGAGGAAAAUAUCUUCUGAGAAGAGUUUUUGAGGUUGUUGCAGAAGCAAGGAGCUCAGAAGCUUUUAUUGCUCUCUGCCUUCUAACGGUUGCAGGGACUUCACUUCUCACCCAGCAGCUGGGCUUUAGUGAUACGCUUGGAGCAUUUUUGGCUGGGGCACUAUUAGCAGAAACUAAUUUCCGAACGCAGAUUGAAGCUGAUAUAAGGCCAUUUAGAGGCUUACUUCUUGGGUUAUUUUUUGUCACUACAGGGACUUCCAUUGAUAUGGAGCUUCUUGUCCGAGAGUGGCCAAAUGUACUUUCUCUGUUGGCUGGUUUAAUAGUCAUCAAGACACUAAUUAUAACAGCAAUAGGUCCCCGUGUUGGACUCACUAUGCAAGAAAGUGUUAGAAUAGGAUUGCUUCUAUCUCAAGGAGGCGAGUUUGCCUUUGUAGUUUUUUCUCUUGCUAACAGAUUGGGAGUCUUGCCACUUGAGCUUAACAAGCUGCUCAUAAUUGUGGUUGUAUUGUCAAUGGCAUUAACUCCGUUGCUUAAUGAAGUUGGAAGAUGGGCUGCUGAUUUCAUUUAUGACAACUUUGACAAGGAAGAUAAAGUUGCAGAAAUGGUGACCUUUGAGGGUCAUGAACCGGUUGUUAUCCUUGGAUUUGGACAAAUGGGUCAGGUCCUCGCCAAUUUUUUGUCCACCCCAUUGGCUUCUGGGUUAGAUACUGAUAUGGUGGGAUGGCCUUAUGUAGCUUUUGAUCUGAAUCCUUCUGUAGUCAAGGCAUCUAGAAAACUUGGUUUUUCUAUUCUAUAUGGCGAUGGAUCACGUCCAGCAGUUCUGCAAUCUGCUGGUGUCUCUUCCCCAAAAGCUGUUAUGAUCAUGUACACAGGGAAGAAGAGGACAAUUGAGGCAGUCCAAAGGCUUCGGCUUGCUUUCCCAGUGAUUCCAAUUUAUGCCCGAGCUCAAGACCUCAUGCAUCUUUUGGAUCUGAAAAAAGCAGGAGCUACAGAUGCUAUUCUCGAAAGUGCAGAGACAAGUUUACAGCUUGGCUCUAAGCUUUUGAAGGGGUUUGGUGUCAUGUCUGAUGAUGUAAGCUUUUUAAGUCAGCUUGUUCGGGACUCCAUGGAGCUACAGGCUCAAGAGGCACUUGGCAAAACUGAUGGUCGAGAAUUUGAUGUUAUGAAGCCGCUGCAGGUAAGAGUAGGUGACUUCAAUGGGGCUCAAGAACCGAUUUCAUCAACUUCAAACAAUGAAAGGUUAUCUAGAGUGAACGACACAGAUGUAUCUCGUGCUCUUAAUUAUCAAGAGGAGAUAGGAAAAGCAACACAUGAUGGUGAUCAUCAACUGUCUGACGAUUUAGACGGAAAAGGAGUGUUGUACUGUGAAUUAGAUGAAGAAAACGGUUUUCAAGAACAAUCCGAAGAAGCUGGAGAAGAAAAGAUGGUAAAGCCAUAAGUAACUAAUCUAACAACUACCAUGAAUCUUAAAAGAGAAGUGCAACAUUUGAAGUUGUGCAUCUGAAAAUGUUGUACUCUUGUAGCC